UGGUUUGCUGCUGCAUGCCCCUCCAAUCGCUGCCCCUCGCCAAGCGCAGCUUCAACGUAAGCCAUCCUCAACUCGGACCGCCCCAACCAUUUAACUUUUUACCUCUCUUCUUCUUCUUUUUCCAUCAUCAUCACCGCCUACCCUACAACCCUAUUCCACCUCUAACUUAUUGUCUCGCUCCCAUUUUUUGCACCUACGAUUCGAUCGCUCUGCUGCAGACGCUGCUGGCCCGCGUUCAGAAGCGGCACCACCGAUCCAUCCGAUCUUGAAGCGAUUUCUUUGACCGCUGCCACAGGCUCUGCCCUCGACCAACGCCGCAUUUGGCGUGAUCAAUCGCCCGCAAUGGAGGCACCCAAGAAAAAGAUUGCCGUCAUGACCUCGGGAGGCGACUCUCCUGGCAUGAACGGCGUUGUGCGAGCUGUUGUCCGCAUGGCGAUUCACAUGGGUUGCGACGCAUUUGCAAUCUACGAAGGUUACGAGGGUCUCGUCCGUGGAGGAGAGUGCAUCAAGAAAAUGGAGUGGUCUGAUGUCCGCGGUUGGCUCUCCGAGGGUGGAACUCUGAUUGGUACCGCCCGAUGCAUGGCCUUUUACGAGCGCCCAGGCCGCUUGACUGCUGCCAAGAACUUGGUCCUCAACGGCAUCGAUGCUCUCAUUAUUUGCGGCGGUGAUGGCUCAUUGACCGGUGCUGACAAGUUCCGCGAUGAAUGGCCUUCUUUGCUGGCGGAGCUUGUCUCUACUGGCCAGCUAACCCAAAACCAGGUCGACCCCUACAAACACCUCAACCUCGUCGGCCUUGUGGGCUCCAUUGAUAACGAUUUGUCCGGAACCGAUGCUACAAUUGGCUGCUACUCUGCACUUGCUCGCAUCUGCGAAAUGGUGGACUACAUUGAGGCUACUGCUUCGUCUCACUCGAGAGCUUUCGUCAUUGAGGUCAUGGGAAGACACUGUGGCUGGCUGGCGCUGUUGGCUGGUGUCGCUACUGGUGCCGACUUUGUCUUUAUCCCUGAGCGACCUAUCGACCACGACUGGAAGGAAGAUAUGUGUACUGUUGUUAAACGACACCGAAAUAUUGGAAAGCGAAAGACCAUUGUCAUCGUUGCCGAAGGCGCCCGCGACAAGAACGGAACAAAGAUUACACCUGAAGAGGUCAAGGAUUUGCUCGCCGACAAGAGUGAUGGCGGUCUUGCUCUCGAUACUCGCAUCACAACCCUCGGUCACGUCCAGCGUGGUGGCACUGCCGUUGCAUACGACCGAAUGCUCGCGACUCUGCAAGGUGUGGAGGCCGUCAAGGCUGUUCUUGAGGCAACACCCGAGACGGAAACUUGCUUCAUCGCCAUUAACGAAAACAAGAUUGUUCGCAAGCCUCUCAUGAAGGCUGUUGCCGAAACCAAGUCUGUAUCCAAGGCUGUUGACGAAAAGGACUUUGACAAGGCCAUGUCUCUACGAGACACGGAAUUCUCAGACCAGUACAAGUCUUACCUGACCACGACUAAUGUCAUGGUUGACGAUAGAAAGCUAUCCCAAGAAAAGAGAAUGAGGGUUGGCUUUAUCAACGUUGGCGCUCCCGCUGGUGGUAUGAACGCUGCUGUUCGAGCUGCUGUUGCCUACUGCAUUUCGCGAGGCCACGAGCCGAUUGCUAUUCACAACGGAUUCGCCGGUUUCGCUAGACACCACGACGACAAGCCAGUUGGAUCUGUUCGUCCAUUUGACUGGCUCGAGACCGACAGCUGGGCAAGCAAGGGUGGCUCCGAGAUUGGUACCAACCGAGAACUGCCCUCUGAGUCUGGCAUGGAAUUGAUUGCCAACUUGAUUGCUCAAUACAAGUUUGAUGCCCUCUUCAUUAUUGGUGGGUUUGAGGCUUUCCAUUCUCUAUCUGAGCUACGCAAGGCAAGAGAGCAGUACCCGUCUCUUUGCAUCCCCAUGACCCUCCUCCCCGCCACAAUCUCCAACAACGUUCCUGGUACCGAAUAUUCCCUUGGUUCGGAUACCUGUCUCAACGAGCUCGUGCAAUACUGCGACAAGAUCAAGCAGUCUGCUUCGGCUACCAGACGCCGUGUCUUUGUUAUUGAGACUCAGGGUGGCCGUUCUGGUUACGUUGCCACGCUUAGUGGCCUUGGUGUCGGUGCCUCUGCUGUCUACAUCCCUGAAGAAGGCAUCAGCCUGGAGAUGCUGAACGCUGAUGUCAACCACCUCAAGGACGUCUUCCGCAAGGACACCGGACAAUCUCGAGCUGGUCGUCUCAUUCUAGUCAACGAAAAGGCCAGCAAGGUAUACCACGCCAAGCUCAUUGCCGACAUUAUCCGCGAAGAAGCCCACGACCGCUUCGAGUCGCGAGAAUCGAUCCCUGGCCACGUUCAGCAGGGUGGUGUUCCUUCGCCCAUGGAUCGCUGCCGUGCCGUCCGUCUUGCCAUCAAGUGCAUGGAGCACCUCGAAAGCUUCGGCAAGGGCAACCUCAGUGCUGCCAAGGACGAUCCUCUAAGCGCCUCGGUAAUUGGUAUUCAGGGAUCUGACGUUGUCUUUUCGCCAAUGAAGGCUCUUGAGGAGCAAGGCACCGAUUGGCCUAACCGCCGUCCCAAGGCCGCGGCGUGGUUGCACAUCCGCGAGAUUGUGGACAUUUUGGGCGGCCGACCUAAUGUGCCCAAGCCAGAGAAGAGUUUAACGGGGCUGAUUGCCAAGGAUACCAAGCGCGGAAUUGUUUGA